AUGGAGUUCGCACACCACUCAUCCGCACCCUUUAUCGCCGACGUUGGCUCCGAGCAGGACUGGAGCCGUCAACAUGUCGCCGAACAAAUACACAUGGCAGACUCGUCGAAGGGGUCUGGGCUCUUGCCACUGAGGAGGAGAUCUGUUGUCACCCUGAAGCGAAGGGCGAGCAGCGAUGUGAGGCAUCGCCCAGAGAAUGGCCCGGUUGGCGUCAGCAAGCGCAGAAGAGUCGACAGACCAACAAUCAUCAACAAGCCACUCAGUCCUGCCGACAAGGCCAAGUCCGCCGGCGACUGGGAGCAAAUGUUGAAGCUUUCCAUCAACAACCUCCAAGGGCUCUACGCGAAGAUGGACACCCCGGCUUCCGCCACGGGCAGGCUGCUCGGGGAUAUGUUCCCUCAGCGCGUGGCCGACAGUGACCCCAGCCUGGCGGCCUCCAGGGCCAUGCACCACGCCGCCGGCUGCUGCAGCGAGGGGGGCCUCGACGAGGACGAGGACGCCUACUCAUCCACCAGCUCGGACGACAUGGAGUCCGACAGUUCAUUAGACGACCAACCCGCCACCCCCGACACUGCACAGAUGGAUGAGGGCAGUGAUGUCGACGGCGAACUGGAUAUGGUGCACUCACACACAUCCUGA